AUGUCCACUGAGCAGCCAAAAGAAGCUACAAAAUCUGCAAUCAAGAAGGCUCAAAAGGCUGCUGAAUAUGAAGCUAAGAAGGCUGCCAAACAACAGCAGCAAGCACAAGCUCCAGCUCAAACACAAUCUAAAAAGGAACGUUCAAAACCAGUCAAAGAAGCUGCUGCCGAAGAGGAAUACAUCAAUAAAACUCCUCCUGGUGAGAAGAAGGACACUUCAAAACCUAUGGCUAGCGGUUACAACCCUGUUGCGAUUGAAUCAGCUUGGUAUGACUGGUGGGAGAAGAAAGGCUUCUUCAAGCCCUCCCUUGACUCUCAAGGAAAUCCAAAGGGUGAAGUCUUCGUCGUUCCUGCUCCUCCACCAAACGUAACAGGCAGCCUGCACAUCGGCCACGCACUCACAAUCUCCAUUCAAGAUGCCCUCGUCAGGUGGAACAGAAUGCACGGCAAGACUGUCCUCUGGAAUCCUGGCUACGACCACGCAGGUAUUUCCACCCAAUCCGUCGUUGAGAAACGUCUUUGGAAGCAGUCUGGUCAGACACGCCACGAUCUAGGCAGAGAGAAGUUCCUCGGAAAAGUCUGGGACUGGAAGGAGGAAUACCAGGUGCGCAUCUCCAAUCAGCUCAGAAGACUUGGUGCUUCUUAUGAUUGGGAGAGAGUUAGGUUUACAAUGGACGAUACUCUCUCCGCUGCUGUCAUUGAAGCUUUCUGCCAGUUGCGCGAGAGAGGCACUAUCUAUCGCUCUAACAGACUCGUCAACUGGUGCGUAAGGAUGAAUACUGCCCUCUCCAACCUCGAAUUAGAUACAAAGGAGAUUUCUGGCAGGACACUUAUGAAUGUUCCAGGAUAUGACGAUAAGGAGAGAUUUGAGUUUGGUGUACUCACCUCAUUUGCUUAUCAGGUUAAAGAUUCUGAUGAAAGAAUCGUCGUGGCUACUACUCGUCCUGAAACUAUGCUAGGUGAUUCUGCAGUCGCUGUACACUCAUCUGACGCACGCUGUAAACACUUACACGGAAAAACACUGAUUCAUCCAUUCGUCGACAGAGAAAUUCCAAUCAUUACCGACGAUAUUUGUGUCGAUCCAGAGUUCGGUACCGGUGCUGUUAAAAUCACACCUGCACACGAUUUCAACGAUUAUGAAGUGGGUAAGCGCCACAAUCUGCCUUUCAUAAACCUCCUCAAUGAUGAUGGUACGUUUAACACUAAUGCCGGUGGUGACUUUAAGGGUAUGAAGAGAUUCCACGCUCGUAGAAUCAUAAUAGAUAAGCUCAAGGAGUUGGGCUUAUAUGUCGACACCAAAGAUAACGCAAUGGUUAUACCCAUUUGCGCAAAGUCUGGAGAUGUCAUUGAACCGAUUAUGAAACCACAGUGGUAUGUCAACUGCCAAGACAUGUCUAGAGAAGCCAUCGAGAGGACAAAAGCUGGUGAGAUGCACAUACAACCAAAACACUCUGAAGCAGAUUGGUACAGAUGGUUGGAAAAUCAACAAGACUGGUGUAUCUCUAGACAACUGUGGUGGGGUCACAGAUGUCCCGCUUACUUUGUCAACAUUCACGGUGAGACGCAAGAAUCGUCCGACGAUAAGAAUUGGGUGGUUGGUCGUUCACUCGAACAAGCAAAUGAGCGUGCUGAGAAAGUGGCUGGUGGUAAAGCAUACACCCUUGAACAAGACGAAGACGUUCUCGACACGUGGUUCAGCUCCGGUUUAUGGCCAUUCUCUAUCAUGGGUUGGCCAAACAAAACGCAAGACCUCGUAAACUUCUACCCUAACUCACUCCUCGAGACUGGUUGGGAUAUCCUCUUCUUCUGGGUAGCGAGGAUGGUCUUCUUUGGUAUCUCACUAACUGGGCAGAUGCCAUUCAAGGAAGUUUUUACUCACGCCAUGAUCAGAGAUGCGUACGGACGUAAGAUGUCCAAGUCUCUUGGUAAUGUGAUUGACCCUGUUGAUGUAAUUGAAGGAUGUCAAUUGGAGACACUCCACCAGCAGCUCUACGAGAGCAACCUGGACGCGAAAGAAAUUAAGAAGGCGCUGGAUGGGCAGAAGAAGGAUUAUCCAAAGGGUAUGCCACAAUGCGGUACUGAUGCGCUCAGAUUCACGCUUUGUGCGUACACGGCAUCUAACCGUGACAUUAACCUGGAGAUCAGCAAGGUAGAGGGAAUGAGAAAGUUCUGCAACAAGUUGUUCAACGCUACUAAAUUCGCCAUGUUGAAAUUCCCACAAGGCUUCGUACCCGAGGAGAGUGCUCAACCAACAGGGAACGAGAGCUUGGUGGAGCGUUGGAUACUGUCUAAGAUGAACACAUGCGCGGCUCAAAUCAACAGCGAUCUUGCCAACCGCAAUUUCAUGAGCGCUACUCAAGCUAUUUACAACUACUGGCUGUAUGAACUCUGUGAUGUAUUCAUCGAGGCUGUCAAACCGCUUACUGGGGAAGAUGUGGAUGAGGUGACUAGGAGGAGUGCUCAGAACACCCUCUAUUCCGCACUCGAUGGAGGACUUAGAAUGAUGCACGUCUUCAUGCCUUAUGUUACGGAGGAGCUGUGGCAAUAUCUCCCUCGCAGACCAAACGAGACUGCUGAGUCUAUAUCUUUGACGCAGUAUCCAGUUGCCAACCCCGCAUUCGAAUUUGUCCAGGAAGCUAAGGACUUUGAGACAUCAUUCGGCGCGAUCAAAGCAACCAGAUCACUCGCAACGGCGUACAACGUACAGGGCAACAAUAUACAAGCAUACAUCGAGACGACCGCAGAGAAGGCGGCCAUGUUCGAAUCACAGCUGCCUAUACUCAAGACGCUGAUCAAGGGAUGUAAAGUGCUGGAGGUGGUCACACACUCUAAAGACAUACCUCUCGGUUGCGCCGUGCAGUCGAUCAACGUCGACGCUAAUCUUCACGUGCUCGUCAGGGGUCUGGUCGAUAUUGAUGCGGAGAUAUCCAAAUUGCAGAAGAAGGAGCACGUAGCUAGAUUGACGCUCGAGAAAACAGUCAAGGCUACGCAAAUUGACGGCUAUCACACCAAGGUCGCCCCAGCUGUCCAGCAGACUAAUCAGGAUAAGAUUAACAACUACAAUAAGGAAGUCGACGCCCUCGCUGCUGCCAUGAAGACUUUCGCGUCAUUGAAGGUCUCUCCAGUCGCACCAUAUGUUCACAUGGCCAAAGCCUGGGCACCUUCUUUAGCCACUUGGGGCGUCGGUGUCGGCGCAUUCGGCUCCUUCUUUUUAUCACCAGUGCCAAAGUUCAAGCAAGACGUACUCCAAAAAGUACCUUUCAUCGCUGGCUUCUACAACCAGGAAAUCCCAGAAACUGACUUGGCUUUCUAA